GACCUCAAAAGGGAAUAAGCAGUAGAAUAUGGAUGGAUGAAUAACGAGGCGCCUUCUUGUUGUACAUUGCAAAAGGAGAAUUGCAACGUUCCCACCUGGCAACCUCGUUCACCUCCACUGUAAACAUCAGAGCAGGCACGGUGAGCAAGCGCUACGGUCCUCCCCAAUCCAAACCAUGACAACAACGUGACCAAUGGACCACAGCAAGUUCGGCGCUAGAUCAUGAAUGACAAACUAGUCUUCUUGGGCCUGCUGUACUUUGUCCAGGGUAUCCCCUACGGUCUGCAGUCCUCCCUGCUACCUGUCUACCUGCGUGGAGCUGGCCAUUCCCUGACACGUAUUGGCUUCACCAAGAUCCUCUAUUUCCCAUGGGUCCUCAAGGUGCUUUGGGCUCCUUUGGUCGACAGGAUUGGCACAAAGCGCCGCUGGCUGGUGGCGACAGUGUCUGGACUGGCACUGACAUGCCUCUUCAGUUCUGCUCUUGCUCCAGAGAUGCACAUUUGGGGAGUAGCAGGGACCCUGCUUGCCAUGAACACCCUGGCCUCCGUUCAAGACAUUGCAGUGGAUGGUGCAGCCGUGGGGCUGUUGAAAGGUCGCGGGGAGCUGGGAUUGGGUAACACAGCCCAAGUUGUGGGCUACAAAGCUGGAUCGUUGUUUGCCGGAGGCGGGCUGCUGGCUGUGAUUGACGUGGCCGGGUGGAGUUGGAUGUUUUUGCUGCUAACUUUCGUGUAUGCAGGUGUGGCCCUGUUUGUUUGGGGAGCUCCUGUGUUGGAUGAGGAAACUUUGAGGGGCCAGCAGGCGGAUGGUGGCAAAAGAGGAGGACAGGUAGUUGAUGCUAUGAGGCCAUGGAGUGUGUGGAGGAAGAUGCUGGCAGUCCCCGGCACUACUUGGACGGUCCUCUACGUGCUCACAUACAAACUGGGUGAGCAAGGUGCAGUCACUAUGUUUCCCUUGUUUCUUUUGGAUCACCACAUGACCGCCAGGGAGCUUGGCUUCUGGAACGGCGUCAUCGCCAUGGGUUUCUCCAUCUGUGGGUCAUCACUGGGAGGCUUGCUGCUAGCUCAGUUCAGCAUUGGUGCUCUGAUGCGGCGGGUUUUUGUCUUGCGGACUGUCAGUAUGGUCUUCCAAAGCUCUUUACUCACUGUGCUGGAACCGUCGCCACUCAUGAAAGGUAUGGCCAUCUUGAGUAUGAGCGCUCAGCACUUCCUGGGCGGUCUGAUCACCACGCUCACCUUUACGACCAUGAUGCAUUGCACUCAAAGGGCUGAGGAGAGCAUACAGGCAACCCACUACAGUUUUCUGGCCACUCUGGAGGUCUUGGGCAAGUUGACGUUCAGUGCUCUGGCCGGGUGUGUGGUGGACUGGUUUGGUUACCAAGUGGCCUUCCUCAUCUUCCUCACCCUCUCUGCUGGAACGGCCUUGCACGUGUGGACGGCGACCUUCACUGGCGCUCUCAGGGAACACCAACUCAAAGAGCAGCCCAAAUAAGUAUCAAAAUCUGGGCUCUAAGGCGUUUAGCUAAGUCCACACACAGGUAUUUUCAAAAUGUAUAAUGUAGUGUGUCACAUCAGCCAGCAUAGAAACAUGUACAGUAUAUUGUACGGCGUGUUAAAAAAUUUGAAAUGUAAUCAUUAAUUCAUUAGUUGCACAAAAAGAAAUAGAUGCACACAAAGCAGUAACACCAUUACGACAUUUGGAGAUAAAAUGCAACUAUUUAAAGAUUAAAUAUUUAAAUGAGAUAAUUAAAAAAGACUUUAGACUGGCUGUAGUUGUUUGAAAGCUGUGGUCAAAAUUGAAUACAAAUAAGUACUUUUUAAAAAAUACAUGUUUGUGGACAUGGCCAUAACAGGUGCUUUAAAGUCUUAAAAACAUGGCUGCUAGUAUCCAGAUGAACGUGGAUAUGAAAAAGAACCUUCAAAAAUGUUGUGACAUUAAAAUUAGUAUAUUUUUUAAAGAGACAUUUCUCUGUAACCCGUUUUAUUUUCCUAGCAAAUUCACUACAGUGUAAAAAAAAAACAUUGUGUGACAAGAGCGAUGAUUUUGUGUGAUUAGCGGAGGCUUAUGGUCUUACUGUACUCACUGUACUGACAGUUGAGAUCCAGCAAAUUACAGCUCUUUAACUGAGAGAAGUAUUUUAUUUUUCAAUAGUCUAACAUUAAGACCUUUAGCCAAAAGCAAUAUUGCGAGCCUCCCUUGUGAUGCUCGAUGUAUGAAUAUGCAUUUAUCAUUUCUGUGGAUUACGGUUGUAGAAAUUGAGUGUACUACCUCAUAUCGACAGUGUAUGGUAAGACACACAAAAUGUGAAGUAAUAGACGCACAAUGUUAACAAAGCAGCAACUGUCCACCAGAGAGGGUGUGUAGGAUGUCCAGAUGAAAAAAAAAGAGCAUUGCUUGACAGUUACUCAACCUGUAAGUUAGCAGUCUGCACCUUCAGCUGUAGCACAACUCAACUUAUCACACUGCAUGGUGCCAUUUUAGAGACAUCUCAAUCAACUCAGCAAUAAGCCUGUUCUUUGAAGCUUGAAAUACCAUUGUUACCCCUUUUUUGUUACCAAUGUUGGUUUAUCUUUUAAAAAAUAAUAUAUAAGUGCACUGUAAUAUAUAAAAUGUAUUGUAACCCUCCAUGGUACUGUAUACAAAGUAACUUGUCAGGCUUACCUGGGAUGUUUUCCUCGGAGGCUAAAAGUAUUGCAAACAAAUGUAUCAUAGCAAACUUAGUCUUAGCUCUAAAGCCAGGAUUCAUUCUUAAAGUCAACUGCUUUUACAGCACAACAUUAAUGCAUGUCUACAAAGGAGUAUAAAGACAACAUUGAAAAUAAAUCAUAUAUAAUGACAAAAGUAGUAAUGACCUAAUAUUAGGACGGGGAAGUAUGACUUGUAUAUAUUGCUAAUAUGUGGAAAAAAUUCAAUAUAAGAAUUUGCCCGCUUUAAGUAUAAAGUUUCACAAACAAUGAAACAGUCAAUAACACUUGCCUAGUUUUUCUCCAUGUAUUGCAGCUUUUGCCCACAGUCCAAACACAUGCAUGCUAGGUAAAUUGGAGACACUAAAUUGUCCAUUGGUGUAGGGAUGGGUACUGUUCACAUUAGAGUUGAUACUCUACCAAUUAUCGGUACCUUAGACUCGAUGCCUGUACCUAACUGUUCCAAUUGUCUGUACUUUUGUGGCUGUACAUAUUCAAUGUUUUUGUUAAUAAUACAAUUUCAUUUUUUUAACAGUGAGUUGACAAUAACUGUGCUGUCCAGUUGUUAUAUGGUGACCCCUUAGACUUCUGAAUCUCAUUGGCACAUAUUAUAUAGUAGACCUUGCGUGCAGUUGCAAUUUCAAAACAUUACAUGGCAGUAGUGUAUAGCCUACAGUGUGUUGACUAGCUAGAAAGUCAUCUUUGCCAUUAACUUGAUAUUCUUAUGUUCAUACUUGCCAACUGGGAGACUCACGAAAUUCAUCGCCUCUCCCGAAAAUCUCCCGAAAUUCAGCGGAGCUGGAGGACACGCCCCCUCCAGCUCCAUGCGGACCUGAGUGGGGACAGCCUGUUUUCACGUCCGCUUUCCCACUAUAUAAAGAGCUUGCCUGCCCAAUCACGUUACAACAUCUACGUAUUUUAAUAAUAAACUGCACACACAAGGAGACGAAGCAGAAGAACGAGGAAGUUACAGCCAUGGCGACGCCGUCUGUAAUAGAGUGAUUCUAUGUUGUCUGUUGCCGUCUCAAAUAGUGAAAGGUAAGUGUUUUGCUUUUUUUUUGGUAACCAGCAAGCACAGUACAGUUAGUAGAACAACUGUGUUUUUAUCACUGUUCAUUUGAUAGGUGCCGUCUGAAAUUCAACUAUUUUAUUUAUAAAUGUAAUAAUAAAAUAAAUAUAUAUAGCUAGAAUUCACUGAAAGUCAAGUAUAUAUAUACACAUAUAUAUAUAUAUAUAUAUAUAUAUAUGUAUAUAUGAAAUAUAUAUGAAGUAUAUACUCGAGUUGGUGAAUUGUAGACAUAAAUAUAAUCCUCCGCUCUCAACCACGCCCCCGGCCACGCCCCAACCACGCGUCCGCUCCACCCCUGACCACGCCCCCCAACCCUCACCUUCUGAAAUCGGAGGUUUCAAGGUUGGCAAGUAUGCUUGUGUGUUAAUACUGUAAAUAUUGUACUUAAUAAAAUCACAUGUUUGAUUGUAA